GGCACACAGCUGAGGCAUCACACAGCAGCAGGACCAUUUUCCAGGUUGGUGCAGAGAGAGGAGAAACUGUGAAAAGAUGAAGACUGUGAUUAUUGCUGUUGUGGUGUUGUUGGUCGUCAGUCAAAGUGAAGCCUUGAAGUGCCACUGUGGUGGUCUGCGGCAUUGUCCAAAUCCUGUGGAGACCUGCUUUGGUUCUGGAAAUGUUUGUGCGAGCACCAUCAUUACUGCUGGAGGAACGGUCAAGUACUUCAAGGGCUGCAUGACGGCACAUAACUGCAGGUUGAUGAAUCAGCCUGGAAUAUCGUCCGCCUACUGCUGCUCCACCGACCUCUGCAACAGAUAACUCGUGUCAUAUCAAACACUGUCGCAUCAGCGACUCAUCUACUGUUGUGCUAUUAUGCUCUUGAGAUUUAACAAUUAAACAUUGAGAAGU